UGCCUACGCGUUCAGACCCUUACCACCCGAACUUUCAACCUCCCGCCCACAUACGACCAUAGGACGCGCGACGAUACGACCAUACAACGAGCGACGAUACAUGAUCAUGAGCCUUGACCGCAAGCUCUACCCCGCGUGCUCUGUGGAGACCACGUCCAUCGCGCAAGCUAUUACUAAUCGUGGGAGAGCAUCGGCUGUUGAGGCGCAAGCUCACCACCGAACCAAAGCUCGCCCAAAUCUCGGUCCGAGGAUUCAUCCGUGCUUUGACAACAGUCCACGGUUGAAACUCAAAGCCGCCUGGCAAUGCCCGAACAACUCAGUCACCGUUGGGGAAUCUAUGGUUCCGUUGCUACAAUUUUCAGAUGAUGACGCAUCAGGGCUGCUGAUGGCGAUCGUCGAGGGUCUCUCGAUGAUCUAUUCAGCUGACCUGGUAUUGUGUAAACUUUACUGCCUUAAUACUGUGUUAAGGUGCUGGGUAUAGCACCUGAACUGUGAUUUUUAUACUGAUUUCUCCUACU